CAUACAUCUGGUAGCACACGUUGAACGUUCUCUGCGAAAGGCAGCGCAAAACGAAACGUAAAAAUAGCAAACGAAAGAAAGUCGAAAUAAAGAAGGCGAGGAAAAUUAAUUUUUUUGGUGAAGACAAUUUUGAAACGUCGGAACAGUAAAUUUUCCCACGACACACUUUCAAACAAUAGGUAGCAUCGAGAUGAAUAAAUUGAAGUCCACACAAAAAGAUAAAGUAAAACGAUUCAUAUCGCUAACACAGACGGGCGAACAAACGGCUAUAUACUGCCUCCAACAAAAUGAUUGGAAGUUGGAGUUAGCUAGCGACAAUUAUUUUCAAAAUCCAGAAUAUUAUUAUCGCGAGCUGGAUCGCAAACGUAUUGAACAGCUCUUCCUGCGUUACCGCGAUCCAUGUGAACCCCAGAAAAUUACCGCGGAUGGAGUUAUACGUUUCUUAGAUGAUCUCGCUUUAAGUCCUGAAUCUAAAUUGGUUCUAAUAAUUGCCUGGAAAUUUCGCGCUGAAGUGCAAUGUGAAUUCAAACAUGAUGAAUUUGUGAAUGGUAUGGCAGAUCUCGGUGUGGACAGUGUAGAUAAGCUCAAAGCUAAAUUGCCUCAACUGGAAAUGGAGUUAAAUGAUAUAGCCAAAUUUAAGGACUUCUAUCAGUUUACUUUCAACUAUGCAAAGGAUCCAGGUCAGAAGGGAAUUGACUUAAAUAUGGCCAUUGUCUACUGGAAGAUUGUGCUCAGUAGCCGAUUUAAAUUCUUGGAUCUGUGGUGUAGGUUUUUAGAGGAGAAGCAUAAACGUUCCAUACCUAAAGACACCUGGAAUUUACUGCUGGAUUUCGCCACACACAUUGAUGACAAUAUGAGUAACUAUGAUUCAGAAGGAGCAUGGCCGGUGCUAAUUGACGAUUUCGUUGAGUGGUGUCAUGAGAAUCAUUUAAUGGCCACGCAGCCACAUCAACCACAACAGCAGCAUCAUCAGCUACUUCAACAACAGCUUGCUAACUAUCAGCCUCAAAUACAGUCUAUGCAGGUACAGCAACAACAACAGCAGCGAAAUAUAUCGAGCAGUUAUCAGCCGACCUCGCAUAGUGCAAACAUUAAUUAUGGCUAACGUUUAUUUAAUAUCUUAAUUAUUUUAAUAAUAAAUUUGCUUUUAUUCUUAUUAUUAUAAAUAAUUAUAGUAUAAACAUUGAAUUAGUGAACGCUUCUUUCAAAACCUACAAUCCCACAACUAAUACAAACACACAGUUAAUAAAACCAUAAACACCACAAACAUACACUUAUUUCAAGUCGCAGCACUUUCUCGGAUCUGGAUACUGAAUCUCUCAGCUAAAGUAGCUCAGAGUGCAUACUCGAAAUUAUAUUUACAACUAAAUUAAUAAUGUAAUGUACGAAAUUGUUAAUGUAGAAUAUUUAGUUUAAAUACCUUUCAAAAGCAAGCUUGUUUGAAUGAGGAUACAAAAUAAAAACCUUUCCGACCUAAAGAAAGAUAUUACAUGCAUAUAUACUAAUACUACAUCAGAUUAUUAACUAAAAUAAUAAAAUUUGAAAAAUAAUAUAAGAAAUUGAAGCAUAAACUAAUUAGAGAUUGUAAAAAUGAAAUUUAAAAAUAAAGUUCUUUAAUAUGUAAAAGCUAA